AUGGUUUUUUAUCUUGUUGGAUUAGGGUUAGGAGAUGUCACAGAUAUAACAGUAAAAGGAUUAAAUAUUAUUCGCCGUUGCAAAAAAGUUUAUUUUGAAAAUUAUACAAGUUUACUUUCAUUUGGUUUUGAUCAAACACAAAUUGAAAAAUUUUAUGAAAGGCCAAUAAUUGAAGCAGAUAGAGAAUUUGUUGAACAAAAAAUUGAAAAAGUUUUGGAAGAAUCUUUAAAUGAGGAUAUUGCUUUAUUAAUUGUUGGUGAUCCUUUUGGUGCUACAACACAUUCAGAUUUGUUAAUUAGAGCAAAACAAAUUGGUGUUUCUGUUAAAGUGAUUCAUAAUGCUUCGAUUUUAACAGCUGUUGGAUGCACAGGACUUCAAGUAUUUUUAAUUUUUGGAUUUUUUAAAAAUAUUUUAGCUUUAUAA